GGCUAAACUUCAAGAAUAAAUGGAUGAAUCAUACCCCAAAAUUGCCAAGAACUUCUGCCAGUCAUUAUACCAAUCAGCGAUAAACUCUUAUUGGGUCUACAGUAAAGCCCCAUAUACUAGAGAAGAGAAUAAUUUCGCUGAGACUUAUGUCCUGAAGUUGUUCCUGAAAGGCAAAAUAAGAACACUUGAGCUGGAAUCCUUGGAUAAUGAUACAAUUCACCAGAUUUUUAGCAGAAUUGAUAAACAGGAGAAAUGUUCUGUGGACAAUGUAAAACUCUAAAAAGAUCAUUAUCUGCUUGCUCACAUGACAUUAGGCAGUUCCAUCACCAAGGAAUCAAACUAGGCAAAGAGAUAGAAAAAGAGGACAGCCUUUCCCCUGCAGCUGUGAGGAUGGCUAAGAGAGUAUUAAGGAAUAUUAAGUAUAAUUACACAGUCUCCACUUCAUCACCAUCUCCACCUCCUGAGAAGCCAAAAUCAAUCUCCUUGCCUUCGCCAACAAAUUCUGAGGUCUGAGAAAUCGGGAACCAAGUCUGUGAUGAUGCGUUCCAUGAUUUUAUCAGCAAGUAUUCCUCAACUAUUAGUACUGAUAAAAAUUGGGUCAGGAAAUACAAAAAUUUCAAGGAUAUUGAACCAGACUUCCUACAAGUUAAGCCGAAUAUCACAAAGAAUCUUCUUGCAAGAGACCUUCGUGGUUGCUUGAAGCCUAACGAGCGACGAAAUAGCUUGCAUUAUUCACAUAAAAGGAUCAAAAUGCUCAAAAGGAAGAAAUCUUUACCACGAAAAUAAUUUCGAUAACCUUGAGGGGAUCCAUAAGAAUCAUUCAAAAGGGAGAAAGAGAAAGAAGAGAAGAAAUAAGAAAAGACUAUCUGGGUUGCUUAACAAGAGCAAGGACUAUCUCUUAUUCCCUACAAGAAGCUCAGCCUUCAAUAAAUCUUGCAGUAGAAGGAAUAUUCCUCACUGGUCCAAGAUUUCUAUCUAUGAUGAGGCAAACCAGUCUAGUUUUAAGAAUUCUGAUAGGAAUAAGUCAGUAAGCAGUAGCUCAGAUGAUGCUGAACGAUCAAAUAUGUCUAAGUCAAAGAUACUGUCUGCUAAAUAACUUCAUCACUCCAAUGUGGAGUCCCAAAAAUGGCAACGACCAACAGAGGAACAAGUAUCUCAGUAAGAAGAAUAUCCAACCUUUCAGAGGCCUAUCAAAGUCUUCAGUCAGAAGCUUCCAUUCAAAAAUGACGAGGUUUGCCUCUAAACAUACAUCUGUGAAAAUGACUGAGAAAUCAGUGCAGGCACCUACCUAUCUGAGUGAGCUAAGGGCUUCUGAAAAUCAAUCAAUCCCAAAAUCUUCAAGAAGGGGUUCUCCAUCACGUAGAAGACAUCGAAGAAUCUCAAGAAGGAGAACUAGGAUAAGAAUCCCAAAAUAAUAAGAUCAAAAGACUUCAUAAGAAAUUUCGUAAAAUUAAGAGCUUAACACAUAACGAAGAGCAAGAAAAAUCUGAGACUUCUUCGCUGACAAAGAGGAUUCCAAAAAUAAUGCUAAACAAUGCCUCAUAUGACAAAGGUCUACCAGCCCCAAGACAGCUGUACCACCCAGAUGCUUCCAGAAAGAACUCUGAUGAAUCAGAUGAGCAUAUCAGAGCAAAUAUGAAGAAGAAAAUUAAUAAAGCAAUAGAUGGCCUUAUCAAAGAUAAAAGUUUUAUUAACUUAUCAAUAUCUCAAAAGGCAGGAAUAACGAAUUCUAAAAAGAAGGUGAAAAAUCUAAGCAGACUUUCCUAUACCAAUCUAAACUUUGAUCCUAGAAUCCCAAUCAAUGAAAGUAGUAAAGAGCAAGAAUUCUCCCCAGAUGAAAUCAAGCAAAGACCAAAAAUUGUUAAAAAGAAAAAGUUGAAGAUUAGGAAGAGGAAGUCAGCCCAGAAAUCUCGGAAGUCAAUGCUCAACAAUUCGUCUGUUCCUCAAAAAUACUCUAACCUCAACCUGACUGCUAGUGGAAUCAUAGAUAUUGAUUACACUUAUCAGCUGAUUAAGAAAUUGAAGAAUCUGAAAAGUGCCAAAUAAUGCAGAAUUUCGUGGAAGAAUGGCGAGCCCUCCAACUAACUCAACCAUUCUGCUUGGCACUAACAUUUCAAACAAUGUAAACUUGGUCAGCCCGAGUCUUCAUUUCAGGCCACGGAAAUCUAGUAAAGAAAGAAUUUAUGGAAACAAAAUCAUGAACCAACUAGCAGAUUCUACUAUAGAGAAAUAAGAAGAAGAAAUGGUCUAAAAUUUUAUCGUUCUUCCAGAACAACACGGACCAAUUAGUUAACUUAAUUCCAUCAGAGAACCCAAAACCUACAAUCUUUGGCCUAAGUAAACGAAUUUUGACAAGGCCGAAAAGUUAUCACAGGUUCAGACCUUACUCAGUUUCGAAUAAGAGAUCCCAUUUAGCAUCAUCUGGCUGGCUAAAGGAAGAAAAUAAGAGACCUUCUACUCAAAAUGCUAAGAUCAGACCAAAGAAUUUCCAAAAUUUUAGUAUCAAGAACAACCACUUUAAAGUGAUGUAUCAGAAGCAUCAUCCAGAGCGCAGUCGACCUCAAAGAGGAGCUAUAGGAGUUAUUGAGAUGAACACAUUUAGCAUAAACAGCGGUGACAACACAAACUAGCUCUUUACUUAUAUCCCUCAAUAA